AUGAAGUCAUUCAUUUCUAAGGCCAUUGCCUUUAUGCUAUUAGCACUCUUCUCGGUCACUCUAGCGCAGACUGCUUCCUCAACAUCAGAUGCAGGCCCGACAGAAACAGUAUCCGAAGGAACUACGUCCCAACCGCAAGUAACACCUACGGAUACCAUCACGGGAGGAGCUGAUUCCAGCACGACAUCGUCGUCAGCAACGGCAACAGGCGGAAGCAGUGGUAGCGAUACCACGACAGGCGUCCCUUCAUAUGGAAACACGCCACCGGAUGUUUAUUUAAAUGUCCCAGAGCUUCAUGUCGGCAGGAUUGAGCUGGACGUGGAUAAUUUGAAUGCAGAAAUCAACCUAGCUGCGCAAGUAGCAAACUUAGUGGAAAUCAACGCAGGAAUCCAAGUCGGAGUAACCAAAGUGAAUAUCACGAUCGCCGACGUCGACGCCAACUUGGAAUUGAUAAUCAGGCUAGGCAAUCUGGCCGAUAUCGUGAACAGGACGUUGGAAUCGCUAAAUCUAAAUCCGCUACUUAUCAACGUGCUCAACGAAGUUACGGACCUCGUCGACGUUGUGAUCGGUGCAGUCGAUGGCCUGCUUGGCUCGAUCGUCAACGGGGACUCGAAGAUAAACUUCCUCGUGGACAAUCUCGGAAACAUCGUGCAAGAGGUGGAGGGCACAGCAGGCAAAUUGUUAAGUACGAUCGUGGGCAACUUCGAGCAGAACAUGACCUAUACCGGCGCGCAGAAAAUAUUAGACGGCGGCCUCAUCCAGAAGACAUACAAAUACGACCCGUUAUCUGCGCUCGUUGAUAUCGUGUUCAAUGCUGCUGGGCAGGUAGUCCAGGCUGUUGUUUUGAAGGGCAACGGGGGUAGUGGGGGUAGUAGUACAUCGACCACUACGGCUGCACCGACAGGCGGAGCCAGGAGAUAA